AUGACAGCCAGGAUUGUAAACCGAGUGAUACAUUCAACUCUCCCGGAUUUCGACGUAGCAAACAGCUACGCCUCCCAAUUUAUAGAGCAGCGAUUGAAGAAACUCUCGACCAAGAUAAUUGCUGUUGACACCCAUCAAAGCUUGACCGCCUCUCAGCUGUUGGAAAAGAUACGCAAAUAUGCUGUAGGUUAUCAACGACACUGUGUGAAACCGGGGUCCAGGGUGUGCGCGUAUGUUGGCAACGCAGUUGAGACUGUAGCAGCAACCUUUGGGGUUGUGUUCGCGGGCGGUACGCUUGUCAUGGCAAAGCCGGCCUACGUGGCAAGGGAAUUGGUGUACACGAUUGAAGACAGCCAGUGCACUUUCCUACUAACUGACCAAGAAAACGCACCAAAUGCUGCCAAGAUCGAAAUAGCAUCAAACAUUAAGGCAUUGUUCUGCGUGGGAAGCGCACCCGGUUUCAUCGAUGUUCUCCAUUUUCAAAAACUGUCAGAUGCCUUAUUCACGCCCCACGAACCUGUUGACAACAAGGAAGAGGUUGUGGCUAUACUCUACACGUCAGGCUCGGUGGGUCUCCCGAAGGGCGUGGAAAUAUCGCACAAGGCCUACUGUGCCGCGUUUUACUCCUUCAGGUCUAUUGGAACCUGCACUGAAGAGGAUGUUUUUCUCUGCUGGAACCCUUUCACACACGCGUCAGGUUUUGCAAUAGGCAUGUUUUGUAUGUUUUUUGGAGCAAAAAUCAUCAUAACCGAUCCUUUAAUUCCGUACAAACAAUUUCUGGAGACUCUCAAGACCCAUGAGGUAUCUUUGUUCAUUGGCAUUCCGGGCCGGAUGCAGGAUAUUGUCAAUGAAAUUAAAACACACAAGGAAAUUGUAUCUCGUGUAAGAGGGAUUAUUGUGGGUGGUUCAAUGACCCCGAUUCCGCUUGCACGGGAGAUUCGUGAAAUCUUCGGCGUGGAAUCACUUUUCAAUUGUUACGGCCUGACAGAAACAUUCGGCCUGGUGAGCUUCUCACUUGUUGGACAAAUUACCUUCGACAAUGGUGUAUUUCCUGCUGCCGGCGUUAAAUUUAAGGUUAUAGACAUAACCAGCGGAGAUUCUCUCGGACCGCAUCAGAAUGGCGAGAUUGCGGUUCACGCCCGAGGCAUCAUGAAGGGCUACACUGGGCGUCCCGAAGCUACUGCUGAAGCCUUGAGCAGCGAUGGAUGGUUCCGUACAGGCGAUUUAGGCUACUACGACACUGAAGGACGGAUCCAUGUCAUUGAGAGAUUGAAACAGAUGAUAAAAUGCAUGGACAAUGCCGUCGUCCCUGCUGAGCUGGAAGAACUUCUGAUCACCCACGAGGCUGUCGCGGAGGCCGCAGUCGUAGGGAUUCCAAGCUCGAAGUAUGGCGAGGCUCCAACAGCCUGCAUCGUUGUCAAAGACGGCUUCGAGAAAAACCUCGACAGUGUGGCGACGGAACUGAAGGAGCUCGUUGCGGGUCAAGCAGCAGUGUUCAAGCAACUGUAUGGAGGUGUUUUCUUCAUGAAAUCUUUUCCCAAGUCCGAUAACGGAAAGAUCCUGAGACGAGACCUCAAAACAAAGGUUGCCCAGGAAAUAGAGAAGUUGACAAAAUAGUUGAGCUCCUUAGGCUCCAUAAGCCACAUGAAAACUAACAUGUAACCUGCGAUGAAUCUUGUUUUUUUUUUUUUUAAAAUCGCAAUUGUAAUAAACAAGAACUUUUAAAAAAUGCGCAAGUACAUGUAUUCAAUGUGGAGGUUUUCAAUGUAAUUAGACAUAAUGAAAGAAAGAUUUCUUUAUGGUACAAUUUAUAAAACAGUUCGC